AUGGACGACAGAAGCACAAGACAGCCUUUGAUGUCGAUCACGCCAGAUGUGGCUGAAGCAACCCCAAUACCCCAAGGCGCGAGACCCGGCAACGAAACUAAUACAACAAUCGAAGACUGCGACAGUGAGUCCAGUGUCGAAACCGCCACCGAUGUGAAGAAGACAGUCCAUCUCAGGCUAGCUUCCACCUGGUGGAUGGAAAUAAUCACUAUGAGCAUCAGCUUCUGCUGUAUAGCUGUGCUUAUUUGCAUCCUCAUGCGUUUCCAAAACAGAUUGCUGACAGAGUGGUCCUUCUUUAUCAGCAUUAAUGCCACCGUUGCCGUUGCAAUAACAGCCGCAAGAGCAACACUUCUCGCUGCCAUUUCGGUUUGUCUUAGCCAGGAGAAAUGGACUCGCUUUACCAAGAGGACCCAUCGCCUCCAGGAUUUUGCUAUUAUUGAUACAGCAAGCCGCGGACCUCUUGGCGCCUUACAAAUGCUCUAUAAGAUUUCAUGGGGAUUUGCGAGCAUUAGUGCGAUAGUUGUUAUUUUAUCCCUACUCACAGAUACGUUUGUGCAACAAGUAGUCCAACUCGAACCUGGAACGAUAUCUAGCUACAAGGAGGGUUCGGCAACUUUUGGAUAUGCGCAUGGUUACAAAAGCUACAAAAGCUACAAGUAUGAAUCACUUGGAAGGGAACAGGGUCUACCUUGCAGAAUGAGUACGCCCAACGAUGUCCGAUUCGAAUUAGGAGCAAGAGCAAUUUCCGAUUCGUAUAUGAAUAUUAACUCUAGUAGAUUGGCCAUAAUCGAUUACCUGAAUGGUUCACCAGCUUUCUAUGUUUCUGUCUGGACUUGGAAACCUGGAGCUGAUUAUUCUGUGGAUAUAGAGAUACCUGAUCUCAAAACCCUCUUGCAGAACAGUUCGAUGAUCAUUGAGUGUGCACUCAGAGUCUCCUUGUACAACUAUUCAGACAUCUCGUCAAUCUCAAACACUUUCACCAUCGGCGUCAUCGAACGGAUUCCUCUCGGCGUAAUCACUGGGCUUACUACUUCAGGUAUGCUAGGAGAUACACAUCAUCCUCAUCAGGAGACAUCUUUGUGGUGGAACCACACCAAUGACGGUCUACCAGAUGUCUAUUUUUCUGCGAUUGAUCUUCGUUACACCUCCAGCUUCUUCCGGUCGUCUGCCUUCUCUGGCACUCUUGGCGAUAGUACCCCUGAUGAUCAUACUUUCUCUCCAGGAGCCACGACAUUUUUUGGCAAUGGAACUUUGGAAGUCGUAUCAGGCAUAUUCGACAGUAUCUCGCUAAGCCUCACUGACAUGAUACGACAAGGUAGCGGAAUGCAAAUAGCACAGGGUACGACAAGCCAAGCUGUUGUAUAUAUCCGCGUACGAUGGGAAUGGCUCGUUUUGCCCCUAGUUGUCCAUUUGCUGGGUGGAAUUGCGCUCUUUGUGACCGUUGUUGGGACAAAGCGAACUAGUGACGUGCCUCUAUGGAAGAGUUCAACCUUGGCGGUGCUUUAUCAUUCGGUUGAUAAAGAUGGAAUUAUAGGAUGUCAAGUUCAGAAUCUGGGGGAUUUGGAGGAAGCCAAGAAGAUGCAAGUGAUAUUGGAGGUGAAAGGCGGAAACUCCGAUUCGUAA